AUGGACAAUGGCAGGGCGAAAUAUGAGGCCGAGAUUGCGAAGAAGCUUGAUGCAUUUAAGAAUGCAAAGGAGUGGUCUGAUUUUAUUUCUUUGCUGAAUUCUCUUGAUAGUACGAUCCAAAGAUAUGCGAUUGCGGAUGUUCCCAAGAAGAAGCUUUUGUUUAAGCGGUUGAAUCAGUGCCUGAAUCCAGGAUUGCCUGCUGGUGUGCAUAACAAGGCGUUGGAGACGUACUCGAUGGUGUUUGGGAAGCUUUCGAGAGAGGACUUUGUGGAAGAGUUUGACUUUCUGACUCUUGGGCUUUUUACGUUUUCAGCACACAGCCGGAUUCUUGUGACGGGAUCGUUUCUGGAUGUGCUUGAAAAGCACAUUGUUCCGCUUGGAAAGUGCAUUGAGGAUUACAGUAAGAGUGUUCUGAUUGGAUUGCUUCCACCGAUGGAGUUUGAGUCUGGAGAAUACUACAACCGUGCAAGGCUGAUGGCGAUGGACUUUAGAAAGCUUGUGUCGGCAGAGGUGUUUUAUUAUUCGCUCUGGAGUAUUUUUUUGAAUGAUGAGAGGCUGAGGAUGUCUAUAUCGAACUAUAUAUUUGAGGCAGAGAAGGAAGAUGUGGUGCAAGGCAAUAUGAAGCUUGUGUCAAGGGCGUUGUGUGUGGGCCUGGCAAGUGAGUCGGCUCUGGUUGUGAGACGAUGCCUUGAUUUACUGAUAUAUGUGUUUGCGGACACUGGCAGCAUUGGGGAUGAGGAGAUUACCUGUGAUCUUGUUGAGGCGGUUGUGAAGCUUUUUGUCAAGAGGGAUCUUUCGUUGAACAAGAGGAUAUAUGCAUGGAUGAAGCUGAAUGAAGGAGCCUGCAGAUCGGACCUGGUGCUUCUUACGAAUGUGAUGAGGAGAUUUAUUUCAAGAAGCAGCUCUGAGGACAUGCAAUAUUUUUUCCGGAUCCUGAUGACGCUGCAAGAUAAAGGGAGCUUAUGUGAAGUGAUUAUGUAUAAUCUUGUGUUUGAAGUUCUUGGGAGUCUUAGACAGCAUAGCAGCGAUGAUUUUGUAAGUGUAAGGAGUGGAGAGUUUGUAGAGGGGCAGAAUGAGAAGAUAGAUGUUUGGAAGGUAGCAAAAGUGUUUUUGACAAGUGAUCUUGAUGGGAUAUGGAGGAUGUUUUACAUGAAGUUAAGGAAGGAGCUUAGUGGGUAUGGAGAGUGUGAUAUGGUUAGCAGGAGUGUGGAAUGCAUGAGUGUUGAUGGUGCAAGAUUGGAUUCUGUGAAAGGCCAUGAUGUUGAAUCUUUGAGUAUGAAUGAAUGUGCCUUUACAGAAGUGAUCAAAGAGCAGAGAAUGAAAUGCGAUGACAGAUAUGAUGCAAAGGAAAUAAUGAAGAUGCAGUUUGAGACGAGUGUGUUGAUUGGUUGUAAUGAGAUGCUUGAUCUUGUAAGGUAUGCAGUUGAGGAGCAUGCGGUUGUUGAUGCGGAGGUCUGUAGGUACCAUCUUCCGUUUUUGACUGAUUUGGUCCUGCAGAGCUUCCGAAUGUUUGACUUUGAAACGCUGCUUAGGUUUUUGUGCCUGAGUGUUGAAGUGAUGAAGCUUGAAGAAGGAGACGGCGAAUGGCAUGAAUGUAUGCAGGAGAUGGUGUAUAGGUUCUAUAUUGAAGAGAACACCGAGCUUUUGAAGUGGAUACGGCCUGGACUGCUCUGUGAGAUUUCAGCACAUCUGGAAUGUGUUAUUGAAUGUGAUGCUGAACUGCUACUGCCACUGAUGAUUGAUUUUCUGAAGAGAUAUGGCGUCAGUGUGUUUUCAGAUGAGUUUAUGCAAAGAUACCAUGCAAUUGUGCUGAAUAUGCCUCCAGGUGUUAUUAAGAAGCAUUUGCAGGUUUAUGAGAUGAUUGACAGCAGCAAGCUUGACUGCCUGAGGAUGGUUGAGACAUUGUGGGAAAGAUUUUGUAGCAGUGGGAAAGGAGCAUGCUUGAAGAGGCAGAUAGAUGAUGGGCUGAGGGAUUGGAGAUAUGAAUGGGAUGCUGAGGCUAAUGACAUAUGUAUAGCGAAUAUAGCAGCAGGCGACGGGGAUAUCGAUUUGAUGGAAGCCAGCUUGAUGGCACAUUGGGAUUGCGAUCAUUGGCUGCUGGCAGAGCUUAUAUGGCGGUACAACCGUAUUUUCAAGGGGGAGUUUGAAAGGUUUCUACUGAAAAAGAUAGGAGAGGGCCAAGUUGAAGAGAUAGGAUGUUUUUUGAUUGCGAUGAUUGAAGAGUUCAAGGGUGGAUUUGAUUUUAUGGAGCUGUACUAUGGAAUCAACUGCAAGCUCGACUUAGAGAACCAGGUGCUUGAUAUGUUUUUGUGUUCACUGACGUAUUUUGGAGAUACAUUUCUGUAUCUUGUCCGGAAGAUGGAGAGAUCAUGUGUGCAGGUAAGCGAAGGAAUGCUUGGUAUGCCCGAUACCAGCCAGGUUUUUGGGGUGCUUAGAUGCAUAAGGAAUCUGCUGAGGCAUUCGAGAAGAUUCAGGAGCUUUCUUCGUGAAUCAGAAGACUUAAUAGAAUCAAAGGUAUUCUGUCCGGGUGGGAAUGUGAAUGCGAAGGAGAUGGUGUACAGGAUGCUUGUGUAUUUACUUGUGCAUAAGAAAGAAUAUGAAUGCAGACGAAUGAACAUUGAGGUUGUGCAGAUGCUUGAGGUGCUUGUGAGGAGAGGGGUUAUGGAAGGGGCUACGCUUAAUGUAGUUGACAUUUUGCGAAUUGCGGAGGUUGCCAAAGAAAACAGACAAGAUUCUGUGAUUGUUCUUGGGAUUGGAUCGAUACUCCGGCAUAGUGGGAAUGCGUCUGUGAUUUCUGAAGUAUGUGGGAUUCUUGGCAGCUGGUGCUUCUACUAUCAUGAGAUGCUUGAAUAUAUAUUUUCACUGCCUGAUAGGCUGCAGAGAAAGGUUCUUGCUGGUGUUAUGUCGAUGCUGAGGAAUGAAGGGUUUGGAUUAAUGAUAGCAUGUGAGGUUCUAGAAAGUAUGCUGCUGAAGAGAGGCGUUGAAGCGGAUCUUCCUGGUGUUAUUGAUAAGAGCAUGAAUUUUAUGUUUGAUUUUUUUGAAAGCCAGUAUGAGCCUGAUGUUGGGAAUGCAUGCGGCAACUGUUGUGUGAAUGCCGUGGAGGGAAUGGCUGGAGACGAAGUGGUUGUGGAUAAGAAGUGUGUGAAUGCCAGGAUGAAUGUAUUGAAGCUUAAGGCAGCUAAGCAGUUGUCGUUGUUGUUUUUCAAGAAGGUGCCAAUAAAGUUUAUUGAGAGGCUUGUUGAGCAGCCGUGUGCUCGACUUAUAGAAGUGCUCGAUUUUAAAGAGCAGCUUUAUAGCUCAGUUCUGAAUGCGCCUUCGAACAAUGCACAGGCAUUCAGGCUAUUGAUGCAUUUGAAUCAGUUGAUAGAUGGGCAGGAGCUGAUGGAAGUGUUUGAAAAGUCAAGAGCAGUAUUUGAGAGGCUUUCAUCUUACAGGAUUGGCCCAUACUACUCGUCACUGCUUUUUGGAUUAGAUACGCUUUCGAGGCUGAACAUGAGAAAUACUAACGAGCCGCUUGUGCUGAUGUUUCUACAGAAUUCUGUGUGUUUUCUACAGAAGCGGCUUGAUAUUAAGUGCAAAGGCGGGGAAGAUUGUUUCAAAGAUGAGCUUGAGCUGCUUGAUGCGGUUAUUGGGUUUGACGAGGGUGUUUCAGGUGUGAUGCCUGGGAUGGUAAGCGUGAUAUUUACACUGAUAAACUCGAAUGAUGCUUACUUGAGAGGAAGGGGAAUAGGAUUGCUUAUGAAGAUGAGCUCUGAAAUUGCUGAGGUGAAGCACUGGAAGCGGGAGUUUCUGGAGGUUUUCCACAUGCUUGAUUUUUUUUCGCAUGAGUUGCAUGAGAAAACUGUUUUGAUGAAGAAGAUAGUUGUUGAUGACUCGAAUGUGAUAAAUGAACUUAUUGUAAGGCUUGAUGGAGGGUUUUUUGUAUCCCAGGCAUCUGAUGCCAACAACAAGGUGCUAGUGCUGAAGCGGAUAUCCUACAUUAUAUUUUGUGCGCCAUACAACCACUUUUUGGGAGUAUCGCUGAAGAUAGUCGAGAGGAUAGCGAUGCUUAUAGGCCAUGUGUCUGCUAGAGUGAAGAGGGAGGUGAUGUUUCUGUCGAAGGUUUUGCUCCUGAAGAUGUCGCAUGACAAGCUUAUUAGUCUCUACCCGAUACUGUUUUAUGAUGUCGGAGUGACGAUUGAGGAGGCGGUGAAUGAGGAUCUGGCGCUGCUUGGAGAAGUGCUUAAGCUGCUGGAUAUUGUUUUUUUGCUGAACACGCCUCAGCUUUCUGAAAUCAGCGUGGUUUUUCUUGAUUUGCAGAGGAAAGCGGAUAGCGGAAGAAAUGGAGUUCUUGGAAAGACAGCCAUGAUAGUAAAACAGGCCUGGAAGAUGGAAGUGGAUGUUAAAGAGCAUCCGAUGCCAAUGAAGCGGAUACCCCUAAUGGUGCCUGGGAAGGUUUGUCCAGAGGAUAUCUUGAGAUAUAUGGACUGUGCAGCCAUGUACUACAGUUGGCUGAAUGUGAACUGUUGUGAAAUAGAUUAUGAGUAUUUGUUUGGCAUGAUUCUGGAUGAGUUGAGAGAGGUUGUUGAAUAA